UGUCGCUUGUAUGUCUGUCGCCAUUUAUAUGUAGCGUUCGCCGAAAUGUUUUUUAUCGACUUAAUGAAUUACUUAAAAUAAAAAGCAUACAGUCGGCAGUUUUGAUAUAGUUUUUAAGACUCCGUAGAGCUUGUCGAGUUGUGUUUAAAACAAACAAACGAACAGAAAAAACGUUGUCGGUAUAAACAGUUAGCCUAGCUUAGCCUAGCCUAGCUCUCAAGUGCUAGCUCUUUUAACUAGCUUCAGCUUGAGGUAAAAACAAAAGCUCAGUUUGUGGUGACUGGUUUGAUUCGACUAUUUAUCUGGUAUGUUUUAAACACAGACAUUUUCGGAGUCAUCUCAGUUUAAAGACACGUUCGUCUAGUUUUUUGCUGUGAUUUGGAUGACUGUGGACGUACUAGGGAUAACAUUUGGAUGCUGAUUGUGCGGCUAAACUGGAGACACCGCACAUAUUCGGUUGAACAAGAUAUUUGUCUCCCACCCUUGUGGUGCGAGCAGUCCCGACCUCGUUUUUUCAAGCCAAGCUCGUGCACGGAGCUGCCGGUUAUCCAUCGGUGAUGUCUGAAGGAGAAGCAAAACAAGGUACCGCUCAGACCUCUGCCAUGGAGGCGAAGUCCGAGGUAGCGGCCACCGGGCAAGGUGUCUCGUCUGUGUCUCCUCCCGUGUCCAUGGUAACACAAGCUCCCCCGGCACCUACGACAGCGACCGAAGACGAAGAAGAGGAAAGUGAAGACGAGUCCGAGAUCCUGGAAGAGAGUCCGUGUGGACGCUGGCAGAAACGCAGAGAGGAGGUCAACCAGAGAAACGUUCCAGGCAUCGACAAUGCUUACCUGGCAAUGGACACAGAGGAGGGUGUGGAGGUGGUGUGGAAUGAGGUCAUGUUCUCGGAAAGGAAGAACUUCAAACUGCAAGAGGAGAAAGUGAGAGCAGUUUUCGAUAACCUGAUUCAGCUGGAGCAUUUGAAUAUCGUGAAGUUCCACAAGUACUGGGCUGACGUGAAGGAGAACAGAGCCAGAGUUAUUUUUAUAACGGAGUACAUGUCCUCAGGGAGUCUGAAGCAGUUUCUGAAAAAGACAAAGAAAAAUCACAAGACUAUGAAUGAAAAGGCAUGGAAACGGUGGUGUACUCAGAUAUUAUCUGCUUUAAGUUAUCUGCAUUCGUGUGACCCCCCCAUCAUCCACGGGAACCUGACCUGUGACACCAUCUUCAUACAGCACAACGGCCUCAUCAAGAUUGGCUCAGUCGCUCCAGACACCAUUAACAAUCACGUUAAAACGUGUCGGGAGGAACAGAAGAGUUUGCAUUUCUUUGCACCAGAAUAUGGAUAUGUUACUAACGUCACCACAGCCGUGGACAUUUAUUCCUUCGGAAUGUGCGCCUUAGAGAUGGCCGUGCUGGAGAUCAGUAACGGAGAGUCGUCCUACGUGUCACCAGAAGCCAUUAACAAUGCCAUCCAGUCUUUGGAGGAUCCCCUGCAGAGAGAGUUCAUUCAGAAGUGUCUGGAGACCGACCCCAGUAAGAGGCCCACAGCUAGAGAGCUGCUUUUCCACCAGGCUCUGUUUGAGGUUCCUCAGCUGAAGCUCCUGGCGGCACACUGCAUCGUCAGCCACCAGCACAUGAUCCCUGAAAACGCUUUAGAGGAAAUUACUAAGAACAUGGACCCCAACUGGGUGAUCAUGGAGAUGAAGGAAAUGCAGCUGAAAUUGUCCCAGUUUCCAGCACUUGAGCUUGACAAGUUCCUAGAAGAUGUGAGGAACGGGAUCUAUCCGUUGACGGCGUUCGGUAUGCCUUGCCCUCAACAGCCCCAGCAAGAGACAGUGAAGUCCCCCAUCGUCCCUCCCUCUGUGAAAACCCCCACACCCGAACCUGCAGAGCUCGAGACCAGGAAGGUGCUUCAGAUGCACUGCAACAUUGAGCCGGUGGAGGAAGGAGCAAAGCAUCACCUGACCUUACUGCUAAAGCUGGAAGAUAAGCUGAACAGACAUUUGAGUUGUGACUUGGCACCAAAUGAGAACGUACAGGAGCUGGCGGUGGAGCUGGUCCAGCUCGGCUUCAUCAGCGAGGGCGACCAGCCGCGUCUGGCCACCGUGUUGGAGGAGGCCUUCACGAAGUUCUACAGCCGUAACGGCUCUCUGAAUCCCGUUACCGUUUCCUCGUAGCAGAGAGCGGAGACGUGUGCCUCUGUUCGCCGCCGCUCCUCAUCCUCACACACGGGACAAGACUCCAGCAGCGCUCGUUCGGACGACGGACCGGGUGGAAGCCGGGGGGGUUUCGCAGAAAAAUAAAGAAACGGAUUAGGAGACCUCGACCGGCGCUCACGCGACGAUUCCUGCAUUUAUGUUGUUCUUUACGCCGCUGUAGGUGGCAGAAAUCGUCGCCUGGCGUUCGUGUACAUUUAUUUCUCUCUGUGUAGCCGCCGCAAGCUUCUCUGAGAAACAUUUAUCGUUCAUGUCAGUAUUACAAUCUGUUCCUUUUAUUUUGUUUUGUUUUUUUACUUUUAUUAUUAUUACAUACAGUAUCUCUGUGGGAUGGGUCAUGGUUCAGGGUGUUUUUUUUUUUUUUUUUGUUUUUUGGUGGUUUAUUGUUAUAAUAAGCCUUUUGCGGUGAUUUUAGAGAGAAGCACAUGACGUGUGCGAGUGAUUCUGUCUCACACGAGAAGGAGCCCGUUGUUUAAAACUUUAUCAAGUUCUCACGAUACGCCAUCUGACCUGUCGGUUGUUGUUCCAGCUGUUAAAGUUGCAAUGAUUAGUUUUUUUUUUUUUCCUUUAACUUUAUUUCUAUUGAAAAAGGUCAGAAAAUGAAACGAAGCGAAACGAAAGCAUCAUAAAGCUGUCACUAAGCAUCUCCUAUUCGUGCUAGUUAUUUUAUUUAUUUUUUUUCCGUAACCCUGUGGCAGACGUAUCCCAAAGGUACGAUUAGGCGUCUAUUCUGUUACAAGCGCUUUAUAUGACCGUUAAUACGCUUUAAAGAAAGAAAAUCUUAAUUAGCGCAUCUUUACUGUAAUUAUAAAGAAUUAACUGUGGUUCAAUACAAAAUUUCACUUAAGCCAAUACUGUGAAAGGGAGAGGGAAUUGUUUUUUUUUUUUGUUUCGUCUUUGUUUUGUUUUUUGUUUUUGUUUUUUAAAUCCAGGGGAGGGUCGUGACUGGUUGGAUGGGGCCGGUCGAACGUCAGCGGAUUAUUUAUCAUUUACGUUCUUUGCGUAAGGAAUUAAGACUUUCUGCGUUUAGCAACCGUUUGUGAAUGUAUGAAUUUUUCAUUUGCUGUAUAUUAUUACCAAUGAGAUGUGUUUGUGUGUGUGAGGAAAGGGCACCCAAGGGUUGUGAAAGUUGUUUGUUUGUUUUUUGUUUUUAUGCCCCCAUGCACGCGCGCGCACACACACACACACACGUUUCCACUGAUAUACAAAUUACGAUUUGUUAAAAUGUGCCUUCUACAGACGAAGAGUUGAUUCCGGUUUAAAACGGCAGGCGUUUCGACGCGUUUCCUGUCACUGACACGUUGCUAGUUACAUGCUAUUUGACAUGCGUGCAUGGAUCAAUAGAUCAUUCGAGCUACCUUUCUCUGACACCUCGGUGCAGAACUUGCUUUUUUGCACCUCUGAAGAUUUAAAGUGUGUUUUUCUUUUUCUUUUUUUUUAAGUAGCGGAAGGUUCGACGGGAACGUUAACGAAGACGUAACGGUUUAGAAUGUUUCUCUGUGGUUGUUGGUGUUUGGGUAAAGAAGGUAUACGUAGGUUAAGUAGAGGUUCGGCUUGCUGCUGGUUUGCACACUUGUAAAGCGCCCCCACUGACUGACUGACACACACACACACACACACACACAUCUAUAUAUACUGUAUAUUAAAACACUUGGGUUGUUUGUGUUGGGCUUCUGAACAACAUUUGCAAUUGAAACGUUAGAAAGGAUAAGAGCUGCUCUUGUCUUUUAGUAGUAUCAAAUUCAGACUAGUAAACUUUGAUCGGCCGGUCAGUCAAUCGGUCGAUCAGGUAAGCUUCAAUCACAGAGUAAAAGGGUUCUUUUUUGUUCAGCUGACAGUUAGAGCCAUCUUCCAGUAAAAGAAACUAUUACAAAAACAUCCAGAAUUAAAGGGACACAUUUGUUCAGAAGCACAUCACACUCUUUAGUGCUAUACACACCGGCCGGAAAUCCGAACAAAGCAAAUAAUAACGACGUUAUCCAGUUUCAAGCUUCUUUCUUUCUCUGAGUAAUCAUCGGUUAUCAUUUUAUCUCCACUCCAGAAAAAAACAAUCCAGUAAGUAGCUGUUAACUGCUUUUACAACCUGGUUCUCUUUCUGUAUCUUUUCCCAGACAAAAAAAACGUUGCACCAUUUCUUGAUUAUAAAGACGACAUUCAAGUU